GUACAAGCCCGUCACUUCUAUGCACAGGUAACCUUGCAUAGGAAAGAAGUAACUGGCUGCCUGCUCUACCUGCGACGCCACGUGCAUUGCAAGCAGAAUUAAUAAGCUCUUUAAGCAAGCGCUAGGUCUUACCUUAGUAUUAUUAACUUGCUAAGCAGUGCUAUGAGUGGAUUGCCGUCUUCCAAGGACAGAUCUGACAUCAGGCUGUCAAAGCAACACUAGGAAACCACUCGGACCGUCGCGACGUCAGCAUCAAGCACUGGUUUGCGAUCUUAGACUACGCAUAAGUCGACGUAACGCCAAAGUUGAAGCCGCGAGCAUUAGGACGCCCCCUCGGGCCUUCAGCUACCUCCCACCGCCCUCUCCCCGGUUCGCUGCCGAGCCCUCCGAAGGGGCGUCAUCCCCCACAUGGCGCCCCCGCCGCCCUCCGCUGCCUCCGGACAACACCCACACCAGCAGCCGCAGCAGCACCCACACGACCACGUCCUUCACGACCUCGAUGGGCAUCACCACCACCACCAACAACAACAACAACAGCAGCAACAGCAGCCUCCCCCUGACCUCCCUCCGGAGCAGCAGCAGCAGCAGCAGCCGCCCCUGCUGCCCUACCGUCUGCUCUACCCCGUCGGCUCCCGCAAGUGGAACUGCCGUGCCGCCCCGCACAAGCGCGCCGCGCUGCUGGGCGCCUACAGCGACGGCCAGACGGUCCUGGCGCAGCCGGUGCAUCAGGGUGGCGCCUGCUGGCUGGCUGUGCGGCUGGGGUGCGGGCAGGUGGGGUACUGCAAGCAGCACGACGAGGUGCACAUGCUGCAGCACCACAACACGCGCACGGGCUACGGCUGGUACCGGGUGGUGUACUGCCGGCUGGCGGACGAGGCAGCCUUCGGAAUGAGUCUGGAGACCCUCACCCCGGAGCUGCUCCGGGAGCUGGCAGCCACGCCACCCCCCGCACCGGCUCCCUCCCUGGCUCCCUCCGCUUCCCCUCCUUCCCGGCAGCACCCCACCCCUGCUGCCCCCGCAGCAUCCCCUUCCACACCCCCACCACCGCUAGCACCGCCCUCCUCCUCCUCCUCCUCAGCACCCCCAGCCCCACUCGCAGCCCCAGCAGGGGCGGAGCAGUGCCGCCGCGACCGCUGCGCCGGCUGCCGGCUGCCGCUGCGCCCCGGCGGGCUGGCCUACGUGGGCAGCUGCGGACACAGCUUCCACUUCGAGUGCCUGCGGGCGCUGGGAGACGCCAACAUCUGCACCGCCUGCGGAGUGUGGUUCGCGGUGGGUCAGUCCCCGCCCGCCGCCUGCCCGCCGCCCGCCCCCACCUCGGUGUUCCAGCAUGUGCAUCAGGCGCUGUGGUUCGUGCCGCCCUUCUACCGCUACAUCCUCAUAUACGGUGCCAUGCUGCUGCUCAGCCCGCUGGUCAUUCUGGCGUCGUGGCUGGGGCUGCUGUGAGGGGGGCGGGUGGGGGAGGGUUGAAUUAAGGAAACUGGCGAACUGUGGGGGGGGCCGGUGGAAGGCGGAUGCAUACAGCUAGUAGGACUGCAGCAGUUACCGAGGUGCCGCUGGGACGAAACCAAUCGUGAUGGGGCCUGCUGUGAAGGGGGUGUUGAUUGGUCGGGGGGAGCGAGAGGACAGUGAGGGAUGCAUGCAUGCAUGAGCUGAGGGGCGGGUGACGAGCCGCGGUUGUUGAGUGGGUUGAGUGUGCUGAGGGGCAGCAGGGGCGGAGGAGGGCAGCUUGGGAGCGUCUGAGAUGGCGGAGGUGGAGGUGUUGGUGGGGUUGGGCGGCAGGGGGCUGUUGAGUACGAAAAGGAGUGAAGGGCGGCAGCAGCCACUCGGGGCGUAGGACAGUAGGGAGGCAGGAAGUCUCGUCGGGCUGACAUGGGGCGGCCUCCUGCAACCCGUGGGCGCAUGUGGGCCCCUGACGCGGCCGGGUGGUGCUGUCCGGGGGCUGCCAGGCAAGCCAGGAGGAAUGCUUCAGUGGCCGUUGGCACCGUUGACGGUUGGUGGUGGCACACUAGAGCUGCUCGGCCCCCUCGACUCCUCGUUUCUCCUCCUCCUCCGGGUAAGCCGGGUGCAGGGCCCCAGCUGCCACUGAUGCAACCGGACCGGCCCCCACGUGCUGAGAUCCCGCAGCCCGAGGGAGCGUCACCCGGAAGAACGAGGAGAGAUGCAUCCUCUCGGCAUGCGGCGUGCAAUGGCCACCACCCCGCUGCACAGUGUGUAGCAAAGGGGCAUGUUCGCACGUGGGAUGUGUUCGCCCUCAUGCCAGCAGGGCUCGCAUGGCAUCAGCUCACACGGGCCCUCUGUGUAAGAGUUCGCAAGAGAGGGUCGGCGGAAAUGACAUGUCCUACAGAGGUUUUUGGAUCCGUGUUAAUGCACAAAGCAAGUUCAGCUAGAGGAAGCCCAUCUGGAUUUGAGUGUUGCACGGGCACCGGCUUUAAAGCUUGUGUCUUGUAACAGUUUUGAG